UUUAACGUAGUAGCACUUGGGUUUUAGAUAGACAACGUAACCAAAACUGUUUCAUGUUCUGUCUGUUUUGUGUUCUCUUGGUUUUUGGGUUUUCUCAUAUUUUUUCUUUCUUUGCGGUGCAUUUCUAUUUUUCUCGGGCAAAAUCCUUCGUGGGCUUUCCGGGAAAGUUUUGUCAGAUUCGGGAAAAAAAUAAAAAAAAGGGAAGACAGAAAAAAAAAAAAUCCAGAGAACUACCUAACAGAUUCUGUGUUUAUCCUUAUAGAUUCUUUUGAUCACAAACCUUUUUCGUUUGAUCAUUUUCUUUAAAGAAAGGGAAUAAUCUCCAAGACUCAAUCUUUAGAUUUUCAAUUUGGGAGUUUUUGGUAAGUAAGACAUUGAAAAAAUCCUUGUGGGUAGAUUCAGUAUUUGCUUCGGCUCUGAUCUUCUCUUUGGGAUUCAUUCAAUCUUGUUGUUCCCAUCUCUAGAAAAUCUCCAGAUGCUGUAAACCAAAAAGAAAAUUUGAGUUCUUCUCUUUCUUCUUCAUCAUCAGCGAAUUAUCUCUUCAUUUUUCUGGGAAAGGUCUUUACUUUAUUUUGAGAUUCAUUAGGAAAUAGAAUCCGAUUUUCCUGGAUCGACAAAAAUCGGAUUCGAAAAAUCGAUCAAUUGUCUCUUUGACGAUGACGAGUAUGAAACCGUCGGCUUCGUUAGAUAGCUGGAGGGAAUAUUUCCGGCGAGGAGAUUCCGAUAUAUUUGGGAUCAUCGAUCACGCGAUCAUGGUGGCUGCUGCAGAUUGCCCAAACAAAUUCAAAUCGAGGAGAGACAAAAUCGCCGAGCUUUUGUUCUCGUGCAGAGUCAGCCGCUGCACCGGAUGCGACCACCUCGAGCUUUCGGUUCCCGGAGACGACGAGGCUAAUCGCGGCCGUGGAACCACCGGAACCGGUGACGGCGGCGACACGGCGGUUGACGGCGAUGAAGAUUAUGAGGUUGGUGGUAGUAAAGAGAGCAAAGCUAACAGUAGCAGAGGAGAUAAUAAUCACAUGGACGAGACGAAUUUGAAUAGCAAUCAGAUUGCUAGCAAUUAUACUUAUGACGAAGCUGAGGCCUUGAGUGAUGCGAUCGAAGAGUUUACUGUGAUUUCCAAGGAAGUUGGUAGGAUCAAAGAGAUCUUGCUCAACAAAGAAGACGAGCCACACUCGGUGAUACUCGAAUCUCUGAGAAAGCUUAAGUUGAUGUCUUUGAAUGUGGAUAUUCUUAAGAGUACUGAAAUCGGAAAGGCUGUUAAUGGCCUGAGGAAACAUGCUUCUGAUAAGAUUCGCCAACUUGCAAAGACUCUUAUCGCAGAGUGGAAGGAGCUGGUGGAUCAGUGGGUGAGCACCACAAAGGAAAUCACUGGCGCUGAAGGUACACCAGAGUCUGCAAACCCGUCAGUGGUUGAUGAAGAAGAAGCGUUUCCAUCGCUUCCAUAUGAUGUCGAUAUCUUUACACCGCAACCAGAUGUAUUUGAAAUGUCAAAUUUCUUUGAUUCCAUGGACUUUGAUGGAAACCCUCGUAACUCUGGGGAAUACAACACAAACACGAGCCGAGAACAUGAAAGAAGACCACUAAAUAUCGCCAAGAGAAGACCCGAGGGUACACAAACGAGGAUACAAGACGCUCCUUUUAGAUCUAUUAAGCCAUCAUCAGCUACUGAUUUUGAUGGGACUAGGAGACCUCUAAAGCAACAUACAGAACAAAGGAUGAAGAACGAGAUUGUAUCUGUUCACAAGUCUGAGAAACCUAUGAUCCAUAGGAAACCGCUUGUUACAGAACACAAGCGGAAAGCUCCCGGACCUCAACAAGAAAGACUCAAAGGUCUUGAUCCAGACGCAAAGUUUGAGUUUGCUAAGAGGAAACUUCAAGAGAGCUACCAACAACAUGAGAAUGCCAAGAAGCAACGAACAAUACAAGUACUUGAGACAAUCCCAAAGCAAGGUAGUGCUCAGAAACCGCAACUCAAGAGACCUGGUAUGAGCAACAGGAAUUGGGCAAACGGGCGAAAAUAGCUUCUUCGUUCUCUGUUUAUAAAGGUGAAUAACCAACUUUCGGCGAAAAACGUUAUUACAUACAUACCACAAGUAUCCUCAAUCUCUGGUGGAAAAAGGUAAAUCAUAUUCUACUUCCACAAAGCUGGAGACGGAAACAAGCAGAGGAGAACAGAUUCCACAACUUAACUUUACAUUUUGAACAAUCUGUUUACUCCUCUGUUCUGUUCUGUCUGGAUUCACCAAUACCAGCUGUUACUUUUCAUGUGUUACUACUACAUUCUUGAGACUUUCCGUACAGUCCCGGUUUAGUUUUAUCCGGUUUGGUCGGGUCAUGUUCGGUUUUGUGACCCAGUGAAUCUCACAUUGAGAAGAGAGAGAGAGAGGUCCCUUACAAUACAUACUUCUCUAUAUAAAAUUGUAAAAGAGGGUAAAAAAGCUUUUUCGAAUUGACCGGCUCUUCACCUAACUUUGUAUAGUGACGUGAAAUGGGUUGGGACACUAUAUAUAUAGAGAUAAUCACAAUUUUUUCCCAAAAUAAAUAAAAUCUAUUUAAUGA